UUUUGGUAGAAGUAUCUGUAUAGUUAUCUGUUACCUCCGGUCAAACAAACUGCGAACAAUCUAUUCCAUCCAUUCCCCCAUCACUGCUCUCCUUGAGACUCCAUGGCAUCUGGCUUUCCCGCGGAGCCUCCUGUAGGCGCAGGCUAUGUCUUAAACGGCUUCCCCGCACCCGGCUUGCGGAAAACUGUCCGCCACAUCACCGGCCACAACUUGGAUGGCCAGUCUGUCUUCCUCAGCACCGACUGCGGGGCGCACCACCGAGUCAUGGGCGAGCAGCAGGCGGUUGCCAACAUCCUCUAUUCGACCAAGGAGACCCCUGUCGACUUGAACGACGAAGCCGACCUCAAAUAUGCGGCUGAGACGGAGCCUGGCCUGCAUAUUCACAACGGCUCCGUCGUCCGUAUGAUCGACUUCGCGCCGAAUGUCGAGUCUCCCCUGCACCGGGCUGUGUCAAUCGACUAUGGCAUCGUUGUUGAGGGCGAGUUCAAGCUGAUCCUCGACUCCGGGGAGGAGCGCAUUAUGCGCCAGGGCGACAUAAGUGUCCAGCGAGCGACCGCCCACAAGUGGCACAACAUUACGGGUAAUGGAACCAUGCCCGGGCGGAUGCUCUGGGUAUUGCUGGACUGCAAGGAAGUGGUGGUGAAUGGCAAGGUGAUGGAGGGUUUCCUGGGGGACUUGGCGAAGGAGUAUGUGGGCUUGGAGCCCCAGGAGGGAGACUGAAAUUGAUUUAGCUUUGAAAUUCGCG